AUGCGUUACACUGCUAUCAUCGCCGGUGCUGUGGCUGCUGGAGUCGUCUCUGCCCAUGGAAACCUCGAACAGGAAAUUGCAGUGCGUCGGGCUAUGCUCCAGCACACCUCGCGUAAUCUCGAGCACUGCUCAGCGAAGCUCAAGACCCGUGGACUUGAGGACCGCGCUGUUGAGCGCCGUGCCAGGAAGAGGGAUGAGUUGAUCAAGAAGCGCGACAUCAAGGCUCGUGACCUCGCCACUGUCCUUGCCACCGACCACAACGAAACAGACACUGGCUUCACACUCAACACGGCCGAAUCGGAUGUCUUCGCGUCCUAUACUUCUUGCAUCUUGACCGCUGAGGGAGAGAGUGGCCCUUACUACGUCGCUGGAGAAUACGUCCGCGAGGACCUCGUUGAUGACCAGGAGGGCGUCCCUGUCCACUAUGACUUCCAGGUCAUUGAUGUAAACACUUGUGAGCCCAUCGUCGGCUCCUACUUCGAGAUCUUCAGCUGCAACGCGACUGGAGUGUACUCUGGAACGACCAACACCGGCAAUGGCAACACGAAUGACACCUCGGUGCUCGACAAGACCUUCCUCCGCGGCCUUCAGCCGACUGACGAGGAGGGCGUCGCCUCGUUCAACACUCUCUUCCCAGGCCACUAUGCCGGCCGCGCCAUCCACAUCCACACCAUCCUCCACGAAAAUGCCACUGUCCGUGAGAACGGCACUGUUUACGAUCUCACCGCCUCGCACAUCGGCCAGACCUUCUGGGACCAGUCCGUCCGCGACCAAGUGGAGCUGCUCUACCCCUACAACACCAACACCCAGUCUAAUCUCCCCAACUCCGAGGACCGGGUCAUCGCCUCCGAGACGGAGACCAACGGAACCACCGACCCCUUCUUCAACUACGUCCAGCUCGGUGACAGCAUCCAGGACGGCUUCCUGGCAUGGAUCGUCCUUGGUGUCAACACUAGCCUCAGCACCUCUACCAUCUCUCCUGCUGCUGAGUACUACGCCUCUGGUGGCGUUGAGGUGUCUGUUACCGAGUUCUAA